CUCUUCUGCUUUUCUUUUUCUUUUUCUUUUUUUUCCUCCUUUAUUCCCCACAAACCGCGUUUCCCGAGGGACUUUUCCGUAAUAUCUCUUCCAAAAACUGUCCACUCAAUUGAAUUCCUCGCUCCUCUUCUUUCUUCGUCUUUAUCCCCUCGCAUGUUCUACUAUAUUAUAAUUGCUUCAUUUUCCCAACCCUAAUCUCUACUCUUACCUUUCCUCGAAUUCACGAAACCUUGAUUACAAGUACCGGUAAUCAUUAAUCUAACUUCGACACCAUGGAGGAUAAUGGUGAGGAAAAAUUAUUGGCUGUGGCGCGGCACAUCGCCAAGACGCUUGGCCACAACGAAACCAUGGCCGAUGAUAUCUUGCAGAUCUUCUCCAACUUCGACGGCAGGUUUUCUCGCGAGAAGCUUUCCGAUAAUAUUGGGGACGAUCACGAUCACCACCACGACCAUCCCAGGGGCUCCGUCACCGCGCUCGAGCUCACUCUUAAGUCCCUCGAGCGUCAGAUCUCCUGUUACGUGGAGGCUGACCACCCGAUCUGGGCCGACUCCGCUGAUUCCGCGGCUUUUCUUGACACCAUCGACGAGUUGAUCGCCACCAUCAGGGAGUGGACCCCUGUCUCCAGGCAGAAGGCCGUCGGCGCGUGCCUGGGACGCGCCCAGGACCUCAUGCAUCAAGCCAUGUUUCGUGCGGAGGACGAGUUCAGGUCCUUGAUGGGAAGCGGCGGCGAGUCCUUUGAGCUGAGUCGCGAUUACCGAAACGGCGAGUCCACUGGAAACCUGUCCUUUGAUUCAGAGGACGAAGACGAAGGAGAUAUCGGAAACGGUGUGGACAACGAAAUCCCUGUGGCGCACCCAAUCACCAACUACGAAAUAGUCAUUGACGCGCUCCCCUCCGGUACGAUCAAGGAUCUCCACGAGAUAGCGAAGCGUAUGGUGGCAGCAGGGUUCGGCAAGGAGUGCUCGCACGUGUACAGUAGCUGCAGGCGCGAGUUCCUGGAGGAAAGCCUGUCCAGGUUAGGGUUGCAAAAGCUGAGCACCGAGGAAGUUCACAAGAUGCCAUGGCCAGACCUCGAGGACGAGAUCGAACGGUGGAUCAAGGCCGUGAAUGUCUCGCUCCGUAUCCUCUUCCCCAGCGAGCGACGGCUCUGCGACCGUGUCUUUGUUGGGCUCUCCUCCGCCGCCGACCUCUCCUUCAUGGAGGUAUGCCGAGGAUCAACGAUUCAGCUGCUGAAUUUCGCCGACGCGGUCGCCAUCCGGAGUCGAUCGCCGGAGCGGUUGUUCAGAGUUCUCGACGUGUUCGAGAAUUUGAAAGACCUAAUGCCCGAGUUCGAGUCGGUGUUUUCGGAUCAGUACUGUUUGGUUCUUCGGAACGAAGCCAUAACGAUUUGGAAGAGAUUAGGAGAAGCAAUCAGAGCUAUUUUAAUGGAAUUGGAGAAUUUGAUCCGUCGGGACCCGGCAAAGGCACCAGUUCCCGGCGGCGGGCUCCAUCCGAUAACUCGGUACGUGAUGAAUUAUCUUCGAGCUGCCUGUCGAUCGCGCCGAUCUCUCGAGCUAGUUUUCGACGAGAAUGUGGUUCCACCUCCACCGCCUUCGAAGCUUAACAACAAUCGAGGAGGAUCAUCAUCGUCUUCAUUGUCGGUUCAGAUGGCAUGGAUUAUGGAGCUACUGGAGAGCAAUUUGGAGGCCAAGUCGAAGAUUUACAAGGACUCUGCUUUGUCCUAUUUUUUCAUGAUGAACAAUGGGAGGUAUAUAGUUCAUAAGGUCAAGGAUAGUGAGCUCGGCUUGCUGUUAGGCGAUGAUUGGAUUCGGAAGCACACGGCCAAAAUCCGGCAAUGCCACACCAAUUACCAGAGAAGCUCGUGGAAUAAGGUUCUAGGAGUGCUGAAGCUAGAAAAUGGCUCGCAAGCUGCCAAUUUUGCUGCAAGCACGAUGAAAGAUAGAAUUAAGUUGUUCAACACCUCCUUUGAGGAGAUAUGUGAUGUUCAAUCUGGCUGGGUAGUUUACGAUGAUCAGAUAAGGGAAGAGUUAAGGAUCUCAGUGGUGAAGCUCUUGUUGCCAGCAUAUGAUAGCUUUAUCGGAAGGCUCCGGAAUGUCCCAGAGCUACGGAAGCAUGUGGAGAGGCAUAUUAAGUUUGAAGCAGAGGAUAUUGAGGCUCGCAUUAACGGCCUGUUUCAGGGAAAUACUGGAUCAGCAGGUCGCCGGAACUGAAGGUAAGCCACCACCAAAAGUUGUUGUGUAUGUAGCAUCUUUGUGUUGGUGUCUACGAAUGCUUAUGUUGUAUGAAUGGUGAUCGAAUUAUUUGUCUUCCCUAUACGCGAAGUUUGUACCAUAUGUGAAUGAAAAUCAUUGAUGCUUGCCGCAUUGAUCUGAGUUGUUCUGAAAUUAGGCUGUAAGUUUGUGUUCUAAAUAGGUGUUUAUAUUAGUAUGUUGGGAAUUAACCUGUUUUCUUGAUAUGUAAGAUGGUUCAAAUCAUAUAAGAUCUUAUCCGCGAGGAAAUUAAUAUGUA